AUGACCAUGGAUAGCAGCAACAGCAGCAGCAACGAGAUCAGCAGAGAUAAAAACAACAACAACAACAACGAGAUCAGCGACGGCCUACCCUUGGUGCAAUGUGUAGCAAGAGCCCGUAUACCUACUACGCAGGGUCCGGAUAUCUUCCUGCAUCUAUACAGUAAUGAUCGCGACAACAAAGAGCACUUGGCCAUCGUAUUUGGUGAGGACAUACGGUCACGCUCACUGUUCCGCAGGAGGCCUCACGAGACGCAGCAGGAUCGGAUGAUCAGGGGCGCGUACAUCGGCAAGCUUUACCCUGGCAGGACGGUGGCGGACGAGGACGAUAGACUCGGGCUGGCACUGGAGUUCGACGAGCGCACAGGCGAGUUGCUGGCCUCCACGGCCACGACCUGGGACUCUCACCAUCAUACGCUAGUCCGGAUACACUCCGAGUGCUACACUGGCGAAAACGCCUGGAGUGCCCGUUGCGACUGUGGAGAGCAGUUUGACAGGGCCGGCAGGCUCAUUGCAUGCGACCGUGAGCCCUCGAGCAACAUUCAAGGCGGAAACGGCCACGGCGUGAUCGUGUACCUCAGACAAGAGGGCCGCGGAAUCGGGUUGGGUGAGAAGCUCAAGGCAUACAAUCUGCAGGACUUGGGCGCUGACACAGUGCAGGCUAACCUGAUGCUGAAGCACCCCGUGGACGCCCGAGACUUCUCGCUAGGCAAGGCCAUCCUGCUGGACCUGGGCGUUGCAAACAUCAGACUUUUAACAAACAACCCGGAAAAGAUCAAACAGGUAGAACACGUGCCGCUCCUCAAAUGCGUUGAGCGAGUGCCCAUGGUGCCUAUACACUGGACAAACUCUAGUGAGGGCAUAGACUCCAAAGAAAUAGAGGGCUACCUCAGAACUAAGAUAGAGAGAAUGGGCCACCUACUGACGGAGCCCCUGAAACUCCACACGAAUCCUCAACCCACUGAGACAAACCAAAAGCAAACCCAAAUGAACUCCGCAUUGUCAUCGUCAUCCACUUUGGCAAUAUAG